AAAUGACGAAUGUCACACAAACUUCAAACAGACCAAAAGCAGAGAGCAAGUGACGGAAGCACUCAGCAGUUUUGUUGAGUCCAGUGCGCACAUCAUGUGGGGGUAUCUGAGACAGUUGAAACAGCUGCGGCAGGUCUUGGAGGCAUCCGACUUCUUCAGAACACACGAGGUUGUGGGCAGCUCCCUGCUGUUUGUGCAUGACUGGACAGGCAGAACAGGAGUCUGGAUGAUCGACUUUGGAAAGACAGUAGCCUUGCCUUCACCACUCACCUUGGACCACCGCACUGCCUGGGUAGAAGGCAAUCGAGAAGAUGGCUACCUGUGGGGACUGGACAACCUCAUUGACAUAUUAGGAAACAUGCUGCCGCUGUGCUAAAGGCCACUCUCAAAAUGUGUGGAAUUUUACACACAAACUUCCCUAUAACACUUACAAAUGAAUUACUGUAGAUGGGUUGGCUUCUGAAAUGUUGUCAGAAUUGUAGGAACAAAACGGUAAUUAAAAAAAACAAUUGAAGGUGAAAUGCAAGAUUUGUUUGAUAGGUUACAAUAACUCAGCCCCAAAAACAGUCUCAGUCUCGCAGGAGAUGUCCGACUGGGCAAUCUUGAGACGACAUCCUCAUUAGUUCGAGAAAAACAUCAGGAAUAGGCAAUUAUAAGCUAAAAAAUAUCUGUUGACAUCAGAAAUGUAACAAUAUCUCAUUAAAAUGUUGCCAAAACUAUAAAGUUACGAUGUGGACAGUUAUUUUCUGCAUUUAAAAAAAGUAUACAUUACAUUUGCUGCUCAAUUAUCAU